UUAUUUUUUGGGAGUCGUGAGUUGUUAAAAUUAAUGGGUUUCCAAUCAUACCAGCUCAUGUGACCACCUGUGCCGUUGUUCGUCCACUUCCUUUUUCUUUUUUUCUUUUCUCUCCUAAUUUUUAUCUCUUUGGGUUCUUGAACCAGUUUUGGGUUGUUAUCAAUAUCCAACUAUACUUUAGUUCCUCUCUGUUUCUUUCCCUUCCUCUUCUCUCCCUCCUUUUCCCUUGAAUCACAAACAACUUAGAGGAGUUGCUCUAAUCUUGAAUCCAUGGCUAGCGAGACUGUUGUAUCAGAUCAUUGUACUGAUGAGAGAAUUGAAAAGAAAGUAAAUGAAGCUGCAGGAACUGUUGAAGAGGGUGUUUCUCCACCAAAGGAAAAUGAAAUAACAAAUAAAGAAGAAAAACUGAAAGUUGCAGAAUUGAUAACUCCUGAGUCUCCUUUAACUGAAUCAGAAGAAAAGAUGGAAAAUAAACCUAUUGAGCCUUCUGUAGCUGUAGAGGUUCAAAAGGUAGAAAGGGUUGUGGAAGCACCUGGCUCGGAUGUUCCAGUUGAAGACAUUUCCAAAGUUGUGUCAAGUCCUGAUUUGAAACAGGAUGUAUCCUCCACUCUGGAACCUGCAGUCGAUGCUGGAAAGGAAUCUGAAGAUUCAUCAAAUAUACCUGAUUUUCCGGUUGAAGACAGUUCUAAAUUGAUAGCAAGCCCUGAUUUGAAACCAGAUACAUCCUCCACUCCAGAACCUGCAGUUCAGGUUGUUGAGGAAAAAUCAGAGACAUAUUCAGUUGUGAGAAAUAAACCAUCAACUGAAGCAGACAAACCACAUGAGCAAUUGGAAGUGUCUGCAAUCAUAGAACCACAACUCGAUAUAGGAAAGGAGCCAGAAAAUGUCACAGUACUAAACCCUAAAAUAACAGAGAAGCCAGUAUCGAUUCCUGAGGUGGAGGAAAAACCACAAGAGCCAUUAUCAAUUGAAGCAGUAGAUAAACCAGUUGAGCAGUUGGAAGCGCGUAUGGUAAAUGAAUCGGAAGCAGAAGUGGAGAAAGAGCCAGAUGAAGUUUCUGUUUUGGAAUCUAAACUAGUAGAAGAAGCACAAUUAGUUCGUGAUGUAGAAGUGACCGACGUUAUCAAUGAUGAUGAGAAAGAACCUGAGACACUCAAGCACGAGCAAAGUGUGGACAGUGAAAUAACAAAGGAUGUGGAAACCUUGGCUGAUAAGGUUGAUAAGGUUAAGGAAGGAACAGAGUUCCUGAAGUCAGAACCAACCACUAAAGACCAGGAGCCUAUUGUAUCUGAAUCUCCAGGUGAAGUUAUUUCUAUUUGUCAGGAAGAAGAAGCCAAUUCAAAGGAAGAUGAAGGGGGAUCUGUUCUUCCUGAUGCUGUAGGAAAUGUCAAUGUGGAGGACAGAAAUAAAGAAGGUGGCAUUGAUGCAAUUGAAGGGUUGUCAAAAGAGGCAAUUGUUGAGGUGAAAAAGCUUGAAGAAGAAAAAGAAGAAGAGAAUGUAAAAGUUGAAGGGAAUGAAGAGAAGAAUUUGAAAAUAGAGGAAGCACCUCUACUUGAGCCAACAAAAUCCAAGGAUGCUUGUAGUUCUGAUUCUUCUCCACAAGUUUCUGAAAAAUCUUUUCAGGGAGAGAAGACUCCUUUAAAUGUUGAAGUGGUCACUGAUGAUAAAAAAGCAGAGGAUAGCAAGGAUGACUCACUAGUCUUGGAGGGAGUUGGUGUCAUUGCUGCUAGUACUGUUAGCGAUCCUGUUGGUGAACCCAAGGAGUUGGAAUCACAAAAAAGAAUAGAGGAGGCUGCACAAUCUAUUGAAGAGAAGAUGGAGAAAACAGCAGAAGUGAUUGAGGACAUGUCAAAAUCUGAUGAUCCAAAAUCUGAGUUGUCCAAAAAUGGCAAUGACCCAAAGGCAGAUGCAGACCCUCCUAAACCAGAAAAGGUCACUGUUAGUGAUCCUGUUGGUGAAUCCAAGGAUUUGGAAUCACAAACAAGUGUAGAGGCGACUGCACAAUCUGCUGAAGAGAAGAUGGAAAAAACAGCCGAAGUGAUCGAGGACAUUUCAAAAUCUGAUGCUCCAAAAUCUGAGUUGUCCAAAAGUGGCAAUGACCCAAAAGCAGAUGCAGACCCUCCUAAACCAGAAAUUCAAAUCAAAUCCACUCCAAAGCAAUCGAAUAACAUUAUAUCAAAGGUGAAACACUCAUUUGUGAAGGUGAAGAAAGCAAUCAUUGGGAAAUCCCCAAGUUCAAAAACCAUUUCUUCUGAAGUUAAGGGUGAUGUGCAAGUAAAAUAAUGGGACUGGAACAUAGAGAACAUUGUUUUUGGUUGAAUUUUUGAAAUAUGGUUUGCGUUGGUAAUUGUUGUGUCAUUGAUGCUGUAAAUGUUGUCUGGUUGUAUUGCUGUAUCUGCUAUUGGUUGCCUGUGGGACAGCAAAUGAGUGUAUAUAGAAGGUAUGGGUUAUGCACCUCUCUCUAUUAUCUGUGAGGAUUCAAAAUGUUUUCUGUUCCUAUUUAUUUUAGUUGUUAGUAUUGCUUGUGCUGGUUGGUGCUUUGUACUUGACUGUACAUGUAGCUUUGUGUGACAUCAGAUAUUUAUAGGUGAUAUUACUCUUCAGGUACAUUUUGUUGCAGUAACUUUUAUGUUUUAGUUCUUUCAUGGGGAAGAUUUUAAAUCCUGACCAUGUGCAUCAUGUGUACUACUGUACUAUAUUGCUAGAGUUCAUUUGUGGUGUA